AGGAGAGGGGAGGAGGAGGCGGCACUUGAGCUGCAGCUCGCAAACCCAGGCAGUCUUCUCUCUGAGAGAGAGGGGGAGCGGCUGCCGAGGUGUAGGAUGCUCUUGGAGGCGCCCUGAGCCAGGGACGCCUGAAGCAGCCUCGUUGGCCAGGGCAACAGGGCAGCUUUCACCAUGCAUCAGUCCCUGACUCAGCAGCGGUCCAGCGAUAUGUCUCUGCCCGAUUCUAUGGGAGCCUUCAAUCGGAGGAAACGAAACUCCAUCUAUGUCACCGUGACUUUGCUGAUAGUGUCCGUGUUAAUUCUCACGGUGGGCCUUGCUGCAACCACCAGGACCCAGAAUGUGACUGUUGGAGGUUAUUACCCAGGAGUUAUUCUCGGCUUCGGAUCAUUCCUUGGAAUCAUUGGAUCCAACCUCAUUGAGAACAAACGGCAGAUGUUGGUGGCUUCUAUCGUCUUUAUCAGCUUUGGUGUGAUUGCAGCCUUCUGUUGUGCCAUAGUCGAUGGGGUCUUUGCUGCCAGACACAUUGAUCUGAAACCACUCUACGCUAACCGGUGCCACUAUGUUCCCAAGACAUCCCAGAAAGAAGCUGAGGAGGUCAUAAGUUCCUCAACCAAAAAUUCUCCUUCCACGAGGGUUAUGAGGAACCUUACCCAGGCAGCUAGAGAGGUGAACUGCCCUCACCUCAGCCGUGGAUUCUGCACGCCUCGCAUCCGGGGAAACACCUGCUUCUGCUGUGACCUCUACAACUGUGGCAACCGGGUGGAAAUUACUGGUGGGUACUAUGAAUACAUCGAUGUCAGCAGUUGCCAGGACAUCAUCCACCUCUACCACCUGCUCUGGUCUGCCACCAUCCUCAACAUCGUUGGCCUGUUCUUGGGCAUCAUCACUGCCGCUGUUCUUGGAGGAUUUAAGGACAUGAAUCCAACUCUCCCGGCAUUGAACUGUUCUGUUGAAAAUGCCCAUCCGACUGUUUCUUAUUAUGCUCGUCCUCAAGUGGCAUCCUACAAUACCUACUACCAUAGUCCUCCUCACCUGCCACCAUAUUCUGCUUAUGACUUUCAGCAUUCUGGCAUCUUUCCACCCUCGCCUCCCUCUGGACUUUCUGAUGAGCCCCAGUCUGCCUCUCCUUCACCCAGCUACAUGUGGUCCUCCAGUGCACCACCCCGUUACUCUCCACCCUACUACCCGCCCUUUGAAAAGCCACCACCUUACAGCCCCUAGAGGAAUGUCUGCUGGCCAUUGGGAUUAUUGUGGCUUUUGUAUUUCUGCUUUAGUGGAAGUGUAUAGGGUACACAAUUUCAAGUGUGAUUCUUAUGCAUAGUUUCAAGUUUUACAAACAGCCUACCAGGCUAGGGAAAGAUAGGAAUGAAGCUUAUUUGUUAUCAGUGCCGAACAGGAGUGGCUAGGCUGAACCCAGGACUUCCGUGAAGAACAGUGCACAUGCUCUAAGCAAGGCUGGGAAGCCAGCCCAGCAAGAAGCUUGUCAUGUUUGGACCUGUAAUACCCUAUGGCUCUUCCUGUGUUCAGCUAAAGUGUGGUUGUCAUCUGUUUCAUUUUGUGUAAAUGGAGUUUUGUCCUCAAGCCCUUGGUAGAUUGCUACCCUAGUACCUCGGUUGAAGUACCUGGCUUAUAGACCCUAUCUUUCCCUACUACUAAAGUCAGUUCCUAAGGAAAAUUUCCCAGAUGAUGGGGCUACACAGUAGUUCCUUUACGGAGAGUUCUGACCAGGAUUUAGUUUACUUGUGUCUGGAUGUUGUAAAAAGCUGCCCAUAUCUUUUCCUUCUCUAUGAGUAUUGUAAAAAUGGCUGUCGUGAUCAUUCAGCUCAGCUUUUGUUCUUGGUACCUCCCAAAGGGAAAAGUGCAAUAUCCAUUCAAGUAGUGGGAUACAGGGUUGAUUGUUCUAGAAGCACUGAAAUACACAGAGAGCAACGUGAGAUAUUUUAAGGAGAUAUGUUAUAUAUCUGAUAAUUUAGGAGACAGUGGUUCUACUACGUGUUGUAGUAUCACAAAAUACAUUUGCUACAGAUAUAAAUCUUAUGGUUAAAUUCAGAAUUAAAAUGCUAGAUUAGGUUCUUGGGUCGCAACAUGAAUUGUUACUAAUCUUUGUGACUAUUUAAUCUUCAAAUAUUGUGCUUCAACCCUAGCAAACCGCACGUAUCCUGCACCCUACCCCAAAAAGAUCAUGUUUUAAUGCUAUUGCUCUUAUUGGUCCCGUUUCUGUUGAGACCAAUUAUGACAGUGUUAAAGAUUAUGAAAGUUUUACAAUGCCGCUUUAAAUCUGCAAAACCUCAAAUGUAGCCAAUUUGACAAAUUAUUGUGUUAUUGUAGAUUAAAAAUCCAUCUGGCACAUUGUGGUAGGUAUUUGUACAGUUCUUUUAAUUAGGCAUAGCUUUAAACCACCAACCUGAUGGAUUUAACACUUUGGCACUCAUGCCUUCACUUCAAAGCGAACACUUUCAUUGCAAUCUUAUGUUAACCUGAGGAUUGAUUUUUAAAAAGAUUGAUAACCCUAGACUUGUAUCAUGUAAAAACACCAGGGCUAUAGGAGGGUACCUAAUUAGACAGUUCUGCAAACAGAACACAUACUGGAAAUUUUUCCAGCCAAUUUAGCUACCUCCUGACUUGAUGGACUACAGGUAGCAGGCAAACGCUGGUGCUCCCAUCUACCUUGCAGACACCCAGCCAUCAAGAAUUAUCAAGGCACAACAAGUGCACUCACUGUUCACAGUAAAUGUUUGCAAGACAUUCAGUUUAAUUUUCAGCACCAUGAAGUCUCAUCCAGAUUUGAAAUCUGAAAAACUAUAAUCUUUUGUUAUAUAAAAUUACUAUUAUUUUCCAUAGUUCUGAGCAUGUUAAAAUUCUAUUGGAUUUCAAAAAGGAACUAAUAACCAAUUGACUUACAAGUAUCAACUUGUAAUUCAAUGAAAUAUUUUGCUAUUUACACUUUACCUUUUGCUUUAGUAUUUAAUUUUUUAAAGGCAUCAUUACACACUAUAUCCUACAUUUAUCACAUUUCUUAAAGUGUUAAGAUUCUAUGACUCAUUUCUAUGUAUUUUUCUUACUUUACAAAAUAACUUGAAAACAGAUUUUGUAACACUUAAUUUGAGCAGUUUCUUUUUUAUUACAUCAAAUUACAUGAAGUGCAUGUUACCGUAAAAAUUAAUAUUUGCUGCUUUACUCUUUUGCAAAACAUUUGCUGUAAUGAAGGAAUUUGUAUUUCCAAUAUGUACCUUAACUGUAUUUUGUAAUCUUUACUGCUUUAUUCCUAAUUCUGCUUUAAAGUAUUGAACUGGGCAUGAAAUAUUAAAAUAUUAACCCAGCACCUAUAAACUGGAUGCUGCUUAAAAUCUUUAUCACUGCCAUGUUGGAAAUCCUGACUGCUUUUGUGAUGUUUCAAAUUAAUAAAAUUAUCCUCCUCCUCAUCCACUUACAUAUGUCUUCAUGGAAUCUACAAAGGGUGUCACAAAUGUUCUAAAGAAGUGAUUUUCAACCCAUGUGCCACAAGAAUUUUUAAAACACGUAGUACCUAUUUAGUCAGGGACACUGACCUCUUUUCCCUUAGAUUGUCAAAUAAAAAAAACUGACAACAGCUAACACACUUCCUGUCCAGUGUGAAUGAGCCAAAAUAUACCUAUUUUUUGUCAGAUUGGCACAGAAUUUUAAUAAUUAGUUUAUGUGUGGCAUGAGAUGAAAAAGGUUGCAAAUUGUUGCUCUAAAGUGACAGCAGCUGACUCACUUUUGACUAGAGUUCAAGAUACAAUGGGCAUGCAAAUAACCAACAUAUAAAACCUAAUGAAGAAUUCUGUCUUGCUGUCAUUAGAUAUAUAGCUCCAAUCUCCUGACACACACACAAAAAUUGAGAACAACAGAAUAUAAAGGUCUAUAUAACUUCUGAAAGAUAGUCUUGUAAAAAAAUGCACUCAAAAAUCACAAAACAUUUUAUUUUUGCCAUAUGAAUCUCUACGAACUAAUAUCAGGUAACAGUUGAAAUGUAGAACUUAAAAGUCAUGAAAGGGAAGAUUGUACAAGUAUGAAUAUUACAGCAUUAGGUGAAAAUGGACAAGUUUUCACAUGAUUGACAGAGGUGAGGAAGCCAAUCCUGUAGAAUAGCAAUUAACUUUUUAGAAUAUGCAUGCCUUGACCAUACAAAAUACCUUGUGACAUUUUUACCAUUUGCUUUAUCUUUUUUUGUAUAAUAGGAAACAAUGCAGCAUUAAUUCCUCAUAGUAGUUGCAUGUGGGGAAUAAUUACCACCAAAAUUAUAAUGAUCAUUUAAACAUCUUUGCUUAGUUUGAACAGUUUCACUUUCUGCCAUCUUAACAAAUUGAUAUUUCGAAUAGUUCCUCUCUAGAAUAUUUAUGGGUAAUUUAUCCCAUAACCAAAUUUGAGGCCAACUUGAAAGAAAAAGUGAAGUUCAAUAGCCAGAAAACUAAGUAUAAAAUAAGAAAACCCACAGGAAGUAUUAUAUAAUGUCUUGCUGCAGAUUUCCAACCUAAUAAAUACUGGGAGUAAAGGGUGUAAACCCUUUACUAGAAUAUUCCACAUGAAUUCCAAACUUCAAAUAAAUUUCUAGAAAAACUGAAGACUCUGAUAUACAUGCAAGAAAGAGUCUUCUGGCAAAAAUACAAUUUAAUUUUCCGGUUUUCCUCCUCCCCCCCAAACUCUGGAAGUUACCUUCAGUAGGCACAGUUUAAAUCUCAGACAAAGAAUUUACAUAAAGCACAGCAGAAGCAAAAAAUAAUAUCCAUAUAACUCAGAAUGGAUAGUGUUCCAUUAUAGAAUUCUUGGUCUGACAUAAUAGCCUGUAGAAAAUACCAAGUGUUACGAUGACAAACUAAUUUAUCUAGCACUUAAGUCUAAAAAGUCUGGAAGCCCUGCUGGCAUCAGUAUCACUCAUACUUGUAGAGUAAUUAUGUCUAACUGGUGAAAUAUUUCAGAAUGCACCUAUAGCCAAAGAGCAAUGCUAUCAACAUCUACACAGAAAGGAAGUAGAUAUUGUGAAUCCGGAGAUUGCCGAGUCUUGAGUUAUAAGGUAAUUUAAAAUUUUCCAAGGAUUAGUUUACAAAAUGGUUUUUGACAGUAUAGACUCAAAGAACGGAAAACAGAUGUACGUGAUUCUAAGCCUCAGUAAGCAACAGAUUACUUUUUCUUUCUCCUUGUAUUAUUGCAAAUACUGAUGCCUGAUACCCUCAGCUACCAACUUUAGAAACACUGAAACCAUUAUCUUUAAAUCUAGUUUACCAUCAGAAGAAUGAUGUAUACAUGAGAAAUUACAAUUAAAGCUUUAAGUUUGAAGUCAAGAAAUAGACUAUUUUAAAAAAUACAUUAAGGAGAAAGAAAAUAUGUUGAAUUAAGAAAUACUUAAGCAAAGUUACACAUGACUAAUAACUAUGCACAACAAUCUUUUUCAGUAUCUAUUAAAUUUUUUUCUUUGCAAAGUCAUUUACAGAAGAAGUUCAACAAGUUAAUCUUGUUAUAAAUGCUAGGCUAUAUUUUCCAACCUGCUUCCUUUUAGUUCUAGCACUUCAAUAAGUUUUUACUUUAUUUUCUAAAUGUUUAAAUAUGUGUCAUUUAAAAAGGAAGAAAGGUGGUAUUUACUGGUCUCAAGAUAAAGGGGGAUCAACAAGCUUAUUUUACAUUCCAUAUAUAGUUUGAUUGCUAUAACAUUGCAGCAAUUUGCAGAUGGAAUGGAACUUAUUUGCGAAAGGGUAAAAACCUAAAAGGUCCUGCUGAUAAGAAAGUACUAGAUCACUGAUUCAGUUAUUUCAAAUGAAAAAUUCCUAUUAGAGAUUCUAAGAAAUAUGAACAUUGAAAAAUAUAUGCCAGUAGCCUCCUACCCAAAAUAUGUAGGAGUCUCAUUUCUGGAACCUAUCAUGUAUAAAGAUUUAUAUAGAAUUAAAGAUUUAUUUUGGUGGCUUACAUAUUCAAAAUUUGAAAAUUUUUCAUGGGACUAUUUUUAACCAUAAUGAGCAAAAAGGCAAUCUCCAAUCACUUCUACUCUGCCUCUAACACGAAAGAGUAAAUAUU